AUGGUCAAGUUGGAAGAACUCGAAGACGAACACUUCAUCAAUAAGCCAUCUUCAACUUCUGACGACGCUCUUCUCGUGGAAGACGACGACGAUUACACAGACACGGAAAGUGAAAUCUCAGACGACGGCUCAGACAACGCUGCAUUGGACGAAUCCCUUCUCGACCGCCUCAGCGCACUCCGCGACAUCAUCCCACCUAAGACUCGCGCGCGUAUCACCUCGCUGUCCUCCUCACUGUACUCCGCCACGAGCACAACCGUCACAUACUCGGGCAAGGGUCUGUGGGUGCUCGCCACUAGUAUCCUGUUGCUUGGAAUACCCUAUGCAUUGGCCCUGGGCGAGGAGCAGCAGUAUAUUGAGGAGGAGCGCCAGCGCAGUAUGAUGGCCGAGGGUGCACAAGGCAUAGUACAACAACCGGGAGCUGAAGGUCAGGCUAAGCCGGCUUUGUAG